AUGUCGUCGGAGUGCAUUCGGAUAAGAGGCAGAUCGCGAAUCGCGUCAUUAUUUAAUUAUUUUUUGAGCCUUCUCUUUGCGUAUUAUCUCGGCAAAAAUUUCUCAAAUAAUGGCUGCUCAAAAUCACCAUUCAAAAAAGGACCAAUUCGUCUGAAAAACAUCGAGGAUCUUACCGAUGCGGAAAUCAAAAAAGUACGAGUUCAGCAGGAACCUUGCCGGUCUGGAAACUGCACUGCCAAAAAGUACAAGAAAAUCGAAUGGCCUCGAGUCGACGAUCAACAUCCGAUCAUUUGGGUGGGCGGAAUGCCUCGAUCUGGGACGACUUUGAUGCGAGCCAUUUUGGAUGUUCAUCCGGAUGUGAGAUGUGGCGAAGAAACAAGAGUUGUUCCGAGGAUGUUGGAGGCCCGCAAAGAUAUGCAAAUAGUAUUUUACGACGGAGAGUUUUCUUCCGCAAACGGACUUUUCGGAGAGAGCAAAGAAGCAGUUGACGACGUCACGAAGCGAUUUAUCCUUCAAGUCAUCGAAAAACACGGGCCCGUGUCGAGACGACUCUGCAACAAGGACCCCUUUGCUUUGAAAUUCAUGUCCGAGCUGAGCGGCUGGUACCCGAACAGCAAAUUCAUUUAUAUGAUUCGAGAUGCCCGCUCAGUUGCCCAUUCGAUUUUCUCGAGAGAAGUCACAAUCAGUGGCUACGACAUCAAAAACUUUACAGAUCUCGUUCACAAGAUCUGGGGCCGAAGUUCUGCAUGCCCGUUCAUUACGAACACUUGGUUUUGGAAAAAGAACCGGUUCUUCGAAAAAUUGUUUCUCGGACUGAAAUGGAACGACGCCUUGAUCCAUCACGAAGAGCACAUCGGCACGGACAUAAGCCUUUCAAACAUGGAAAGAAGUACUGAUCAAGUUGUCAAAGCAACUUAUACUUCAGCGUUGAGCAGUUGGGAGGGCAAAGUCUCAGAUGAAGAACUUGACAAUGUUGAGAAGAUGGCGCCGUUGAUGAAAGAGUUUGGCUACAAACCUGAACUCCAUUUUGGAAGCUACGAUCAUUUUUUAAGUUCAAAACAAUCGAAAUCCUUCAAGAAAACUUUUCCCUCUGGGGUUUAA